GCGGCAAGAUAUAAGGUUGUGCGCGGGGCCUCCCUCCCCAGACCGCUCCUCGCCCUGCCGCCAUGAACACCCCCGCACUGCUGCUUUUCCUAUGCUGUGUCGCGGCGCAGGGGACAGCAGAACCCUCGGCGAGCAAGACGUACAAGGGUCAGAUCCUGUACGCCAUGGCGCCUGAGGAUCGGGGGUCGUACUACGUGAACACGAAGAGCGGUCGCUACAACUACGGUUACAACACCGGUGACGGGAUAGCCAAAGUGGAGGUGAAGCAGCCCGAUGGUGCCAUCGUGGGCUCCUACCGCUACUUUAACCCAACCGGGAAGCAGGUGGUGCGUUCCUACAUUGCGGACGAGCGAGGCUUCCGCGUGUUGGGGAAUGACCUGCCCAUCAGCCCCGACACUCCGGUUUCCCACCUUGCAGGUCAACCUGCCUUCACUGGCGCCGUGGAGGGGACUGCUGAGUUUGAGAUUCCACCCCCUCUUGGUGCCCCGGCCUCACUACAGCAACAACAACAGUACCGGUCCCACAGGCAACAUUUAUACAAGGAACAGCAGCUUUUAGAGCAACAAUUGAGCGAGUAUCGGAAACAGCAUGAAAAACUUGAGGCCCUAAGGCAGCAACUUCGGGAACUGGAGGCGCAGCAACUCCGGCUACAGCAGAAAGGUUCCGGUUCUUCAUAUAAUUACAAUACGUAUGAUUAUCAGCACCCUGCGCAGCAGUUUACUAUCCGCAACCACUUGUCGCACGGCUACACCUCCCCUUACCGUUACUUCGAUCGAGAUAUCGACUACGACUUCCCUGCAGGUUUCGCCUAUGCUGGUCUACCCACCAUCAUCGACCCGCCGCCCCGCCGCUACCCGCAGGCCGACUAUAUAAUCGGAAGAGCACGUUAGCCAUGUCCUGAGAGAAUCUGUGGUCCAGCUGAUGCCAAAUAUAUUAAAUGGGUCUGUUUUUCCUGUUGGUUGUAGAAAUUAGGUAAUAGCAAGUAACAAAAAAAUGUAUACAAGUACAGGGAAAUAGUUGUGCUACCUUCUGACAGCCUAGUAUGGCCCCCACACCUGAUUGUCCCUUGCUGCAGGAGCGGUGGCGGACGGGGCUGGAGAGGUGGGGGUCAAGACCCGGGUGGUUGCAGGAUGGGUCAGGUGGCGAGUGCUGGGUAUGAUUCUGGUGUUCAGUGGUUUUAUUCAUAAUCAUGGAAGUUGGUGCAUGGCACGGCGAGUGUAGCCACGAUGGAGUCUUUGUGACGCCAGCCGGUCCCAGGCUCACCCGCCGAUUACAGCAAUGACCAGUGUUACAUUAACUCUUAAGAGUAAGUCGACCGAUUUGUCAAAUGAGACACAUUGGUAUUAAGAGACUAAAAAAAAAAAAAAAAAAAUCUGUACAUUCGUCUUAUUAUCCACAAUAGAAGCUGUGAGACAAACCAGGAAACCAGAACACGAGAUAGUGUUAUGGUCGUAUAUGGAAAUGGUCUUAAAUAGGCCGUCAUGUUCAUUAUCUGUCAUCCGCAUCCGCGAAUCUUUAUAACAUCCAUAUGAGAUUGUACAAAGUAUUUACAUUAACCAUUCAUCCAGCAAAUUUGCCUAAAUGUGAUUGGUUAUCUACUCCUUAAACCGGGAGUUCUCAACCUGGGGUAAAUUACCCCAAGUGGGAUAAUUUACCCCACCAAAUUACCCCAAGUGUGGUAAUUUGUUCUUUUCUGUGGGGUAAUGGGGAGACAGAGGACAACGAAGGAAAAAAAUAAAUAAUAUCAUUCCCAUCGUGUUAGGCUUCAAAUUAGGACAGGUUGAAUAUGUUCUCUUCUGUCCUUAUUUAUUCCAGCUAUUCCGCUAAUCCGCUAACCGCUAAUUAGCGAAGCUAGCUUUUUCGCUAGCUGAUUAGCGUUUACGCUAAUUUUGGAAACAGUUAACGGACCAAUUAACUUCCGCUAAAUGUAGUUCCUCCUCUGCUAACUUUAAGUCCACUAAAAAUACAUACAGGUUUGUUCUUGUCUGUUGUGGGCAGACACAGCACCAAUAGUGCCACAUGGCGCAAUAAUAAUGGGGCUUCCACUUUUGUGUAAAUUACGCCUUAGAGGAGGGUAAUGGGACAAUUAUUAGGGAUUUUUUUUUGUAUUUCAGGGUAAUGCAUCUUCCUUUUAAAAAAAAUGUAUCUUGAA